CCAAUUAUAAAGGUUCUCUUGGCAGUCUUCAGCAAUAAAUAGUUGAGACGCGGUUGCUUCUCUAAGACAAAAUCUUUCUCCCUUUUCUUCAGUCUUUAUCAUGUCUGGCGAAAUUACCAAGGAGGCAGCAGCAGUAGCAUCAUCUUCUUCCUCACCGCUUGAUGGUCGGGUGGCCAUAGUAACUGGGGCUUCACGUGGCAUUGGCCGUGCGAUUUCCAACCACCUUCACUCCCUUGGUGCAAGAGUUGUGCUCAAUUAUGCCUCAAGCUCCAACCAAGCCGAUCUCCUUGCAUCUGAGCUCAAUGCCUCUGCUCCAUCUUCUCAUCCCCAAGCAAUUGCUAUCAGAGCUGAUGUUUCCAACCCAGAUCAAGUCAAACAACUGUUUGACACCGCUGAGAAAGAAUUCAACUCAAAAGUCCAUAUCCUUGUCAACUGUGCAGGGGUUAUGGAUCCAAAGUAUCCUACUUUGGCCAAUACAACAGUGGAGGACUGGGAUAUGACUUUCAAUGUCAACACCAGAGGGGCAUUUCUGUGCUGUCGCGAAGCAGCUAAUAGGCUGGCUCAUGGAGGAGGUGGAAGAAUCAUCACAAUAUCAACAUCCAUCGUCGGGGCAAAUUUGCCAGGAUAUGCAGCUUAUGCUGCUUCCAAGGCAGCAGUGGAGACGAUGACGAAAAUACUGGCCAAGGAGCUAAAGGGUACAGGAAUAACUGCUAAUUCUGUAGCUCCAGGACCUGUAGCUACAGAGCUGUUUUUUGCAGGUAAAACUGAGGAAACUGUCAAGAGAAUAGCUGAUGCUUCCCCUUUAGGCCGACUUGGUGAGCCUAAGGAUAUAAGUCAAGUUGUUGGAUUCUUGGCUACUGAUGCGGGGGAGUGGAUCAAUGGUCAAGUCAUUAGGGUUAAUGGUGGAUUUAUUAUCUAAAAUUAUAAUUGAUUUAAGAGCUGGUACUUUCUUUUGUGCUCUUGACACGAGCCAUUGUUUGAAACUUAUUAUUAUCAGGGAAAAUAAUUAUUUCGUCCCUGAGAUUUGUCAUAAUUAUUUAAAUAGUCCCCGAUAUUUAUAUAAAUAUUUAUAACAUCCAUGAGGUUUACUUCCGUCUUGUUAA